AGCCCAAUGCAAGGUUUUAAGUCAGGAGGGCAGAAACCCCCAUCUUAAAUGUCUUGACCUGUAAGUUGAAAACUGCCACCAUUUGUGAGGGAUUUUUAAGACUAUAUUUGUAAAUCUGGUUUUAGGUGUUUUUAUAAGAAAACUUCACUUAAAUUUCUGCUGUUCUCGGUUUUUUACUGUAAACUGUGGGAUUAUUAACUAAUCUAUUUAGAAUUAAAAAUACCUGAAUAUUUGUCUUGUCAACUUGAUACCAGCAGCUAAGAAAAUUUGUAAUAGCAUGAAAGAUACCAAAGCUAUAUAUUUUAAUUAGAAAUAGUGUGAAAUAACUGUCACUGUAGCAGGUUCAGAAAUGGAGGUGGUCUGUAAGGCAGUCGUGUUUUUCCUUUUAGUCUCUCCCAGCUCUGGGGAGAUAUGCCUUGGUCUAACUAAGCAUGUCAUUAAAGAUAACAGUUACAUUUAAGGAAUGGAGGGUAUCAUAAAUAUUUGUCACCACCACCAACACUGUCACAUCACUGGGCCCUGACUCCAACUGCAGGAAUUUCUCUCCACUGAUUUCUUUCAUAAACCACGUUUAGGCAAAAGCUACAUUUCAUUCAGCAUUGCCACCCACCUGCAACAACAGUUUCAUGUUAUUCUAUAUUGUUCCUUUACUUUCAAAAUAAGCUCAGGAAGAUGUCUGUCCUUGUUAUGUGUUUCCCUCUCCCCUCCUCUCAGCCUUUGUUUGAUAAUAAAUAUUGUUCAUGUAGGAGAAAGUAUUUUUUCUGCUUCUCUUUCCCCAGUUCUGUAGCCUGGGAAGGGUGUUCUCUCUCUGAGUUCUGAGGAAUAAGCACCAGGUGGUGCUGUAAAGUUGCUGUUCAAACUUGUUAUUCAAACACUGAGGUGGAGGGAAGAAGGUUGGUGGCUCUUCAGAACAGUAAGCACGAGGUUACAGCUCUUCAGGGCUUCCUGGGGGAAAAAAUGAUCUGGGAAUCAAACAGAGUCAAAGUACAGAAAUUACAAUCCCUGUGUAAGACUGGCUAUUUGAGUAACAGCAAAUGUUGAGAGGUAUUUUAUGUUAUAAAAUUGCUUGACACAGCAAUAACUUGCCCAGGUAUGUUUAGAGAAAAUGCUGAUUGUUAAAGAAAAAUAAGUCUCAUGUGGAUCUGACAUUUCAAUAUGAAUAUGUAGAAUUUUGUGGUUAGUUGAUUUAGACAUGUUCUGUAUUUAGGCAGUAAAUGUUCUGAGCUCUUCAGUAUUUGAAUGUAGCAAGGCUGAGUUACCUUUUCCCUGCAGCAGUUCAGGUGAUCUGAGUGUGCCCACCCUGCUGGGAGAACCUGUGUUUUUGGGGGUUAGGCAAUAAAAUGACAUUUGAAUUCCUGGAUAUUGUUGGGCAUGAGGAAGCACAUUGUUAUUGUUAUAGCUGCCUUAACUCUCACUAACAGCCACUUUUCCAAUGGGGUGAGAUACCAUAUCUCAGAUUUCCUUUAUGCACUCAAGAAUUAAAGUACAAAAGUGCUUCCUGCUGUCCUGCACACCCUGAGCCAUGGUGGACCCAGCCCCAGCAAUGCAGGUAACUCUGCUUUGGUUCUUUUCUGCAGCCAGAGCUGUGCUGGGAUUCCUCCUAAGCAAAAAAAGGCUAAAAGGAGAGGGAAAGUGUUAUCUACUUACUUUAUCUUCCUCUGAAAUGGAGGCAGUAUCAGCAAAAUGUCAAUUGAUAUUCAAGUCUAAGGGGGAACCUGAGCACCUCAGAAACUGUUUUCACGUGACCUUUCUCCAACUAAUUGCUUGACAGAUUUUUUUGUGUUUGUCCAUUGGUCUGAUUAUCUAUUGAUUAAAAAUCCUGGUCUGUUAUAAUUCCAAUGUCAGCUAGUUCUGGGAACAUUUAUCAGUGUAACAGAUAAUUCUGGUUAAAUAUUACUUCUACUGUCUUAUAUGUAGUGUGGAAUUGCCAUUUGUGAGGCAGGCUCAGAAAUGGAGCUGAUUUGCACGACAUUCAUCUUCUUUCUGUUGGUCUCUCCUGGCCUUGGGAUAGAUGGAGAAUUUGCUCAGAAUUUUAUCGCCAUUGCUGGGCCUCUGCCCGCUGAGUUGGCAGAUAAAUUGGGUCUGAGGGACCAAGUGCUGCCCCAGGAGGAGCAGGGCCCUGCUGUGGCUGAAGCACAUGGUUCCCUGUGCCAACAAGACCUCGUGGCUUCGGAGCUGCCCCGGUACUUCUCCCACCUUCAGGAGAUCGGGGUGACGCACUACAAAGUGUUCCUGCCGUGGUCGCGCAUCCUUCCCGAGGGGAAUGCCGGGGAGCCUGAUGAAGCUCAGGUGCAGUGCUACAGGGAGCUGCUCCAGGCCCUGGUUGCUGCAGAGCUCAGCCCUGUGGUGGUCCUGCACCACCAGUGUGUCCCUGGCGCUGUGGCCGUGCGGGCCGGAGGGAGGGAAACUUUUGCCAGCCUUUUUGUGGAGUAUGCAGAGUUCUGCCUCCGUGCUUUUGGGGACCUGGUGGAUGUGUGGGUCACCUUCAGCGACCUGCAGGAGGUCCUGCACAGCCUGCCUUACCCUGACCCCCAGGACAGAGCCCAGGCCGUGGCUGCUGCCCACAAAGGGUUUUACACCAUCUUCCAUGGGAAACACUCGCCGACCGGUGGAAAACUGUCCAUUGCUUUAGAAACAGGUGGUGUUUUGGACAGUGCUUCUUCAGAACUGCUUUCAGUUUCUCUUCAGGAUUCAGUAGACUUUCUGUCUCUCAGCCUUCAGUACCAGUGUGGAAAUGAAACAGAUUUCUACAAGAAAUUAGAUGAAUUCCAGAGUGUCUGGAAGGACAUAGAGAUCUUGGUUUUUAGUCUGAAGUUCCUUGGUUGUGCUUCCAUGGAAGAGAAUCCUUUCAUACCAGUAGCUGCCAUUGUCACAGCUCUUAAUAAAGAAGGAACACGGGCGAUUGGAUAUGACAUUAGUGAGUUCUUGGACGACUUGUCUCAUGUUUCAAGCCAAACAAAUACUCUACAGGAGAACCCAGCUGCUGUUGUUGCCCCUCGCUCCUCCUACCAAACAGUUUGGGAAAUGUUUGCUGGACAGUCUGAACUGGAGAGGGAUUCUUUUCUGCAAGACGUUUUCCCAGAUGGUUUCCUCUGGGGCACAUCCACAGGUGCCUUUAGCAUUGAAGGAGCUUGGGCAGAGGAUGGGAAAGGGGAGAGCAUCUGGGAUCAGUUUGGGCAUGCAGGCCAUGUCCACCUGAACCAAACAGCAGACGUGGCAUGUGACAGCUACUACAAAACCAGCUAUGACAUUUUCCUGCUCAGGGGUCUUCACCCCCAGCUGUACAAGUUUUCUGUGUCCUGGCCUAGGAUUUUCCCUGCUGGCACCAAUGAGACCAUCAACUCCAAAGGUGUUGAUUAUUACAACCAGUUAAUUAACCAGCUGUUGGACUCUCACAUCGAGCCCAUGGUGACUCUGUUCCACUGGGACCUCCCCCAGGCCCUGCAGGCCCUGGGGGGCUGGCAGAAUGACAGUGUCAUAGAUGCUUUUGUGAGCUAUGCAGACUUCUGCUUUUCCACUUUUGGGGAUCGAGUCAAGCUCUGGAUCACAUUCCAUGAGCCCUGGGUUAUCAGCUACGCUGGCUACGGCACCGGGGAGCAUCCCCCAGGAAUCGCUGACCCAGGAGUGGCAUCUUACAAGGUGGCUCACACAAUUCUCAAGGCUCACGCCAAGGUCUGGCACCUGUACAAUGACAAAUACCGCUCUCAGCAGCUGGGAAAGGUGGGGCUGGUGCUGAACUCGGACUGGGCUGAACCCAGGACUCCAGCCAGCUCCGAGGACGUGAGGGCAUCUGAGAGGUACCUGCAGUUCAUGCUGGGCUGGUUUGCCCACCCCAUAUUUGUCAAUGGCGAUUACCCAGAGAUCCUGAAGGCUCAGAUCCAGGCGGUGAACCAGCACUGCUCCACAACAGUGGCACAGCUGCCUGUGUUUACAGAGGAGGAGAAGUCCUGGGUGAAAGGGACUGCGGAUUUUUUUGGCCUUUCCCACUACACUUCCCGCCUGGUCAGUGCCGGGGCUGACGGGACCUGCGCUCCGGGAUACGAGAGCAUUGGGAACUUCUCCUUGCACAUGGAUCCUUCCUGGCCACAGGCUGCCUCUUCCUGGGUCCAUAUAGUCCCUUGGGGGUUGAGAAGGCUGCUGAAGUUUGUAUCCCAGGAAUACACAGGGACAGAGAUCCCAAUAUACAUAGCAGGGAACGGUGUGCCCACGGGAGACACGGGGGAUCUCAUUAAUGACACCCUGAGAGUGGAUUAUUUCCGACGGUACAUCAAUGAGGCCCUAAAAGCGGUGAAACACGACGCCGUCGAUGUUCGGUCCUACAUCUCUCGGUCCCUGGUUGAUGGCUUUGAAGGCCCACUGGGGUACAGCCUGAAGUUUGGGCUGCAUCAUGUGGACUUUGAAGACAGCAACAGAGCAAGGACUCCCAAGGCAUCUGCUUAUUUCUAUUCCAGUGUUAUUGAAAAGAAUGGUUUUCCAUCCGAAGCCUUGGGCAGAUCUGCGCCACUGGUGUUUGACCGACCUGCACCAUCGAAGUUGCCAAAUUUGCCAGCAUCAGAAGUUCCCUCCAAGGCAAAGGUUGUCUGGGAAAAGUUUUCAUCUCAGACUGCCUUUGAAAGAGACAUGUACUUUCAUGGGACAUUCCCAGAGGGCUUUACCUGGGGUGUGUCUUCUUCUGCCUACCAGAUCGAGGGAGGCUGGGAUGCUGACGGCAAGGGGCCCAGCAUUUGGGACACCUUCACCCAUGUCCCAGGGAAUGUAAAGAAUAAUGACACUGGAGAUAUUGCUUGUGAUAGCUACCACAAGGUGGAGGAAGAUAUUUACCUGCUGAGAGCCUUGGGGGUAAAGAACUAUCGUUUCUCCCUGUCCUGGCCUCGAAUUUUCCCCACUGGAAGGAACAACUCAGUCAACAGCCAUGGAGUUGACUACUAUAACCGUCUCAUUGACGGGCUGGUCGCAAACAACAUCACUCCAAUUGUCACUCUCUACCACUGGGACCUGCCCCAAGCUCUCCAGGACAUCGGUGGCUGGGAAAACAACACCCUGAUUGACCUGUUUGACAGCUUUGCAGACUUCUGUUUCCAGACCUUCGGGGACAGGGUGAAAUUCUGGAUCACGUUCAAUGAGCCCUACGUCAUUGCCUGGCUGGGCUAUGGCCAGGGGACGUUCCCUCCCAACGUCCAAGACCCUGGCAGUGCUCCCUACAGGGUUGCCCACGUCCUGCUGAAGGCCCACGCCAGGGCCUACCACACCUACGACGACAAGUACAGGGCCAGCCAGGGAGGGGUCAUCGCCCUGUGCCUCUACAUCCACUGGGCCGAGCCCAAGUCCCCCGGCGACCCCAGGGACGUGGAGGCCGCAGACAGGUACCUGCAGUUCAUGGUGGGCUGGUUUGCACACCCCGUUUUCAAAAACGGGGACUACCCCGAGGCGAUGAAGUGGAAGGUUGGGAACAGGAGUGAGCUCCAGGGGCUGCCCUCGUCCCGCCUGCCGGCGUUCACGGCGGAGGAGCGCGAGUACAUCCGGGGCACGGCGGACGUGUUCUGCUUCAACACCUACACCUCCAAAAUCAUCACCCACUCCACAACCCGCCUGAAUCCCUUCUCCUAUGAGUAUGACCAGGAAGUUUCAAUCAGCGCUGACAGCUCCUGGCCUUACUCAGGUCUCGAAGGCCAUCGGCCCGUGGCCUGGGGGCUCAGGAGGCUCCUGAACUGGAUCAAAGAGGAGUAUGGAAAUCCCCCAAUAUACGUCAUUGAGAACGGGGUGGCGAUAGACACCACACCGGAUGUGGAUGACAAUGCCAGGAUAUUUUACUACAAAACAUACAUUGACGAAGCUUUAAAAGCUUCCAGGUUAGACGGUGUUAAUCUGAAGGGAUACAACGCUUGGUCCUUCAUGGAUAACUUUGAGUGGUCGGAUGGUUAUGACCCAAGGUUUGGAUUGCUCCAGGUUGAUUUCAACAACCCCAACAGGCCCAGGACCCCAAAGCGCUCGGCCGUGUACUACGCUGAAAUCAUCCGCAGCAAUGGGAUCCCACUGCCCAAAGAGGAUGAGUUUUUGUAUGGAGAGUUCCCAAAGAACUUCUCGUGGAGUGCAGCAACUGCAGCAUACCAGAUUGAGGGAGGAUGGAGAGCAGAUGGGAAAGGACUGAGCAUUUGGGACAAGUAUUCUCACACUCCCCUGAGAAUCAGCAACGAUGACACCGGAGAUGUAGCUUGUGACAGCUACCACAAGAUUGAGGAGGAUGUGGAAAUGCUGAAGAGCCUCAAGGUGUCUCACUAUCGGUUUUCCAUCUCCUGGUCCCGUGUUCUCCCAGAUGGGACCACCAGGUACAUCAAUGAAAUGGGACUGAACUACUAUGAGAGGCUCAUCGAUGCUCUGCUGGCAGCCAACAUUAAGCCUCAGGUAACUCUGUAUCACUGGGACCUCCCACAGGCCCUGCAGGACGUCGGUGGGUGGGAGAAUGAUACAAUAAUUCAGAGGUUUAAGGAAUAUGCUGAGCUCCUUUUCCAGAGACUGGGAGAUAAAGUGAAAUUUUGGAUAACCCUCAAUGAACCCUACAACACUGCAUAUCUUGGCCAUGGUGUUGGCACAGCUGCUCCAGGAAUCUCCAUCCGGCCGGGCCGAGCUCCCUACGUGGUGGGACACAACCUGAUAAAGGCCCACGCCGAGGUCUGGCACCUCUACAACGAGACCUACAGGGCCAGACAGGGAGGGCUGAUCUCCAUCACCAUCAGCUCUGACUGGGCAGAGCCACGGAACCCACACAAGCAGGAGGACAUCGAGGCCUCCAGACGGUUCAUGCAGUUUUUACUAGGUUGGUUUGCCCAUCCCAUUUUCAAAACCGGUGAUUACAAUGAGGUGAUGAAGAGGAGGAUUCGGGAGCGCAGCCUGGCCCAGGGCCUGAGCCAGUCCCGACUUCCAGAAUUUACUGAAAGUGAAAAGCAAAGAAUUAAAGGCACAUAUGACUACUUUGGUCUAAACCAAUACACCACAGUUUUAGCAUACAACCUAAACUUUCCCAGGGUUGUUCAGUCAUAUGACUCUGACAGGGGUGUGGCCACGGUGAGCGACCGCAGCUGGCUGGGCUCCGGCUCUACCUGGCUGAAGGUGACACCCUUUGGAUUCCGGAAGAUCCUGAGGUGGAUCAAGGAGGAGUACAACAACCCCCCCAUCUAUGUGACUGAGAACGGGAUCUCGGAGAGGGGGGCCUUUGUGUUCAAUGACACUCAGAGGAUCCAUUACUACCGGAGCUACAUCAAUGAGGCACUGAAAGCCGUGGUGCACGACGGCGUUGACCUGCGGGGCUACACCGCGUGGAGCCUGAUGGACAACUUCGAGUGGGCCGUGGGCUUUGAUGAAAGGUUUGGGCUCUACCACGUGAACUUCUCAGACCCCACCUUGCCACGGCGCCCCAAGGCCUCGGCCAGGUACUACUCACAGAUCAUCAACUGCAAUGGGUUUCCAGACCCAGCAGCGGGCCCACAUCCCUGUCUGGAACCGGAGCCAGACGUGACACCACCAGACCCCACUCCAGGAGCAGCUGCCACUGUGAGCUUUUUGGGAUUGGAUUUGACAUCCCAGAGUGCAGAAAUUGCCCUGUACACGCUUUUUGCUCUUUUGGGAGUUGGAGCCUUGGCCUUGGCUCUUUUUGGAUACAAAUACGGAAAAUCAGUCAAAAGAUCCCAUAAACAAUCACACAUGGAACUGAGAAGUAAAAUGUAACAUUUCCACUUGCUCAAGUGGUUUUUGGGUUUGGUUUUUCUUAGAAAAGAAGGUUCUACCAUCAGAAGAAACUUAGUGCUUGUUCUGCUGCAGCUUUGUGUCUUGCCUCAGAGAUGGCUCCCCAGCAUUGCGGUGUUUGCUUUUCCCAGCUUAAAAUGGGGAGGAAAAUUAUUUUUCUGUGUUAAGUGUCUUUUUUCUCCAUGGGCAUCAUUGGUUUGAUUUCUUAAGGACCAAAGUGCUUGUUCCUACCUGCAUGUGAGGUUUCUGAGUUUCAGCUGGAACCUGUUUGUGCUUCAGCAUCUUAGUGGAUCUGAGGGGAGCCCCUCAAAGCUCUACUGCUUCUUAGUGUUUUUAAGACAAGUUAGUGCCCAUACUGGUGAAAACUGGUCUAGACUGUACUGUUCUAGUGCAGCUACUGCACAGAUUGGGUUUUUACUCCCCUUUUCCUUUAUGUCACGUACAGCAAGGUCAUUUAAACUGGAUUAAAACAUUUCUCUGCUGUGUUUUGAGUUUCCUUGUUUCCCUGUGCCACAGGAACUUCAGAGGAACUUCACGAGACAGUGAUGUUUUUCUGGAAAAUAGUUUAUUGAGUGCUUAGGGAAUUAAAAACUACAAGGUUUUGCUUGCAGUUGCAGAAGCAAGAAAAAAGUUAAACAUAAAUUAGUUACCUGAUUUGCUACUUAUAGUGCUUCUGAAACCCUCAUUUUAAUCAGUCAUUGUCUACCAUGACCUUUAUAUUAAUAUAUCUGGCCCUUAGAUUCAUGUAGCAGAAUAUUUAUAGAUUAAAAAGUGCCUUUCUAUGGCAGAGGGUAAUAAUUAUGAAAGCUGAUGGAGGUUUUCAGUCUUUACUUUUUUUGCUUCUAGGUCUCACCUAUACUCACUUGAUUUUUCUGACAUAGGUGACUCCAUUCCAGACUCCACCGCAGGAAUAAGAAUUAAGUAAUUCAGUCAGUGUAAAAUAAGCCCCACUUGUCCAGAACCUUUAGCUGACUUAGAUCAAAUAACAGAAG